CGCACGCGCAAAGCCGCAGUUAGCCUGUCGGGGACGUCAUCCUCCUGAAGAACGGCGUACCGGGAUGUGAGUCACGCGGUUCCGCCUAUCUGGUUCGUCAGGGAGUCCAGGAUACCGCGGAGCAUCAACGGUCUCUGAGCGGGUCUGCCGAGCAGCUCACCGGCCCCGGAGGCGCGAACACCGACACGUCAGCGGCGGCUCUGCGAGCUAACGCUAGCUCUCGCUACGUUCAGGUCUGCAGGCGACACAGUGGCGUGAUGAGCGGCGCCGCCCUCGGCGUGGAGAUCGUCCUGGUCUUCUUCCUGGCGCUCUUCCUGCUGCACCGCUAUGGGGACUUCAGGAGGCAGCAGCGCAUGGUUCUGUUCGGCACGCUGCUGGCGUGGUACCUGUGCUUCCUCAUCGUCUUCAUCCUGCCGCUGGAUGUCAGCACGACCAUAUAUAGGCAGUGUGAGAAGGACCAGGACCAGGCAGACCCCGCCGUCAGCCCAGCGCCUUCUAACCACACCCCCAACAUGUCGGCCACACCCGUAAAAAGACGCUGCAACAAACCCUGGAGUUUCAUCCCUGAAGGCAUCAUGCCGGUCUUCUGGAGGGUGGUGUACUGGACGUCUCAGUGCCUCACCUGGCUGCUGCUGCCCUUCAUGCAGUCGUACGCUCGCUCCGGCGGCUUCUCCAUGACCGGGAAGAUCAAGACGGCGCUGAUCGAGAACGCCAUCUACUACGGGACCUACCUGCUCAUAUUCGGCUCGCUGCUCAUCUACGUGGCCGUCCAUCCUGAGUGGCAUCUGUCCUGGUACGAGCUGCAGACCAUUGGCAUCACGGCGGCGAACACCUGGGGGCUGUUCCUGCUGGUCCUGCUGCUGGGGUACGGCCUGGUGGAGAUCCCGCGCUCCUACUGGAGCGCGUCCCGGCACGGUCACCUCCUCGUCAAGACCUACUUCAAGGCGGCCAAACUGAUGACGGAGAAGGCGGACGCCGAGGAGAACCUGGAGGACGUGAUGGAGGAGGUCAGGAAGGUCAGCGAGUCCAUAAAGUACAACCACCCUCUGAGAAAGUGCAUCGAAACCAUCCUGAGGAAGUGUCCGCUGGAGUACCAGGAGAAGAUGGGCAGGAACAUGGACGACUACGAGGACUUUGAUGACAAACAGAACACCUACCCGACCGAGCGGAGCCUGGUGAAGCUGCACAAGCAGGUGAUCUAUGCAGUCCAGAGACACAACCGGACCCGGGUCCAGUGGCAGAUCCUCCUGCAGCAGGCCAUCCACCUGGAGGACGUGGCCAAGAACGAGACCAGCCUGAGCCGCCAGUUUGUCCACAGCUUCCCGUCCUCGGAACCCACCGGCUGGUUCGGCAGAUACGUCUACACCCCGAGCGUUGAGUGGUACUGGGAGUGCCUCCUGAAGCGCUGGUUCUUCCGGCUGCUGUCCGUGGUGCUGACCCUGUUCAGCGUGGCCGUGGUCUGGUCCGAGUGCACGUUCUUCAGCACGCGGCCCGUCCUGUCUCUGUUCGCCGUCUUCAUCCAGCUGGCCGAGCGGGACUACAACUACCUGUACAUCGAGAUGGCGUGCUUCAUCACCAUCUUCUUCCUCUGCACCUGCGUGUACUCCACCGUCUUCCGCAUCCGGGUCUUCAACUACUACUACUUGGCGUCCCACCAUCAGACCGACGCCUACAGCCUGCAGUUCAGCGGCAUGCUCUUCUGCCGCCUCACCCCCCCUCUGUGUCUCAACUUCCUGGGUCUGAUCCACAUGGACUCGGCCAUCUCCCACCAGCAGAAGGAGCAGACGGCGUACACGUCCAUCAUGGGCUCCAUGAGGGUUCUGUCCUUCAUCGCCGAUGGUUUCUACAUCUACUACCCCAUGCUGAUCGUCAUCCUCUGCAUCGCCACCUACUUCAGUUUGGGGACGCGCUGCCUCAACCUUCUGGGCUUCCAGCAGUUCAUGGGCGACAGUGAGAUGACCUCUGACCUGACGGAUGAGGGGAAGGAGCUGAUACGCCGCGAGAGACGGAAGCGCCAGAGGAUGGAGGACGGAGAGACCAGGCGGAGGGAGUGGAAGGAGCGCUACGAGAACCCGAGAGACGAGCACGCGGCGAGGAACAGGAGCAGCCAUGAGAUGAAGGAGACCAGCUACUCGGACUCUGUGGGCGCCAGCGGCUCCAGGCAGGCCCGGUAUUCCCGCCCGGCGGGUCGAGCGGACCGCGACCGCAUGGAGCUGCUGCAGGACGCCGAGCCGCUGGACUUUAACGCCGACACCAUGGCGGACGAGGCUCCGGAGGCGGAGUCUGGCAGGCACGCAGGAGGGCGGUACCUGUCCAUGUCAUCGUCUCGUAACCGCAUCUUCGAUGAUGUCUAGCUCACCGUGGCGCCCCACCUCCCCCCGUUGCCCGUUUUCUCGUCGCUGCACACGCUAACCGCCCGGAGACUCAUCCGGUCCAACACGGACCCCGGAUCCUGCUGCUGAACUCCGAAGGACCCCCCUACUGAGCGUGCUCAGUGUGACCCUGCAGUGUAUUUAUUGUUUUUAUUUGUUGUUUGAGACCCGUCUGCACUCGGAAUGUGUGAGCUACUGAACGACCUGCUGACGCUGCACGGCCCAGAAGCUCCUCUUCAUCAGGAGGUCCAGACCAGAUCCCUGAGGAACCCCAGUUCUCGCACCAUGGCAUUGAUUGUUGGUGUGAACCAUAGAGAAUCCCCUGAGGGGCGGAGCUCUAAAAACACUCACCUGGCUCUGUAAGCCUCCAAGUUCUCCGUCCCACAGUCAGGGAUGAGGAAGAGGAGGAGACGUCUUCAUCACUUCCUUCUGUACAUACGAUGUUCUGUGUUAGAUUUUGUGUUUCAUUUCUUUGUUGUGUUUUGGUGAAACUGAAGACUCUGGUGAUGAAGAUCUGAUCGUCCAAAAUAAACUUUGUCUGAGAGAUCA